UUUUUUUUUGUGUGUGUGUGUGUGUGUGUGAUAGAUUUAUAGAGAAGGAAAAAUGGAUUGUAUAAAAUUCAAAGUAUUUUUAAGAGAAGCGAAAAUGGUUUUGUGAAUAGUUCUCGAGUUCUUGGGUUGUGAUCUGAGAGUUAGCUUUGGGGUUUUGGUGUUUGAAUUAGUGAAGAAGAAAACGGGUUGCAGGGAAUUCAUGAGUUGUAGGCUGUUGUUGCAGUUUUGGAUUUGUUGGGUGAUUGAAUUCCUGAGGAUGAAAAUUAGGUUUAUAGAAAUUUCAUCUGUCUAAGAGAGAAAAGGUUAGAAACAGCUCGAGUCCUAGUCCUUGGGACUUUUUCUCUGAGAGAGAGAAGCUGGCCAACAAGUGGUGGGAGAGAAUAGAUGUGGCAAUGGCGGGGUUGGAACCAGGCCCAGGUUCUCGCUACAUCCAUCAGCUCUUCAGACCCGAAUUACACUUACAGAGGUCAUCUCAGCUGCAGAAUCAAACAGCCCAAAUUGCGGAUACAAAAGACUCCCCGGAAGAAGAGCCAAAACAUGAAACAGAUGCUCCCACAACGAACUCUGGCGCAGCAUCAGGUGCUAUCCGACGUCCACGCGGCCGCCCUCCUGGAUCCAAAAACAAACCCAAGCCACCGAUCAUUGUCACCCGCGACAGCCCGAACUCCCUCAGAUCCCAUGUGCUUGAGGUCUCCUCAGGUGCCGACAUCGUCGAGUGCGUGUCGACCUAUGCAAGGCGGCGAGGCUGUGGCCUCUGCAUCUUGAGUGGUGGCGGCACCGUCACGAAUGUCACCCUGCGCCAGCCUGCAGCGCAACCGGGGACAGUCGCAACACUGCACGGGCGGUUCGAGAUACUAUCACUAUUGGGCACAGUGCUGCCGCCGCCGGCACCACCAGGGGUUGGUGGACUGACCAUAUUCUUGGCGGGUGGGCAAGGGCAGGUGGUGGGAGGGACUGUGGUCGGACCUCUUGUGGCCUCGGGCCCCGUCUUACUGAUAGCGGCAUCAUUUGCAAAUGCCAUGUUUGAGCGGCUGCCAUUGGAGGAAGAGGAGCCUGCAGUGCAGGUGCAGCAGCCGACUGCGUCACAGUCAUCGGGGAUUACAGGCAGCGGCAAAGGAGGCGGUGGACAGAUUGGCGAUGUGGGCAGCAGUGGUGGUGGUGGUAGUGGUGCUGUUCCUUUCUAUAAUUUGGGUGUAAAUAUGGGGAAUUAUCAGUUCCCUGGGGAUGUUUUUGGUUGGGGUGGGAAUGCUUCAAGGCCACCCUUUUGACGGUGAUGAUGAUACAAUGGCGACAACUGACAAUCAAAAACGGCACUGAUGUUAGCGGUGGUGAUGAUGAGAUGAAUGGUAGGAUGUUUUGAUUUCACAGGGUUGAUUUGGGCUCUUCAUCUACCAUUUGAAGAAGAAUGCCAGAGAGUCUGUGGUUCUCACAGCUGUGGGUUGAAGAGAAGAAGAGAGGAUUUACUAUACAGACUUGUAUAGGUCAGUAGCUUUACAAUUCGUGUACAAAUCAUUACAUUUUAUUUUCUUCUUCCUUCACCUUGUACUGAUUUGUAGAUGUAAUGUAGAAAAUGUAUUGCACCACCUUUGAGGAUUUAUUUCUCCCUUGUUUGACUUUCAUCUAUUGAAUAAAAAUCCACUCUCAUACAAUGAAAUUAGUGUUUUUCAUUCCAUACAAUUAAUGUCUCUUCUUUACUGAAUUUUCAAGUGUG